CACACUGCCAGCUUGGCUCUCUCGACCAACCAACCAACACUGUGUGACGUCUGUCUGUGCGGACAUGACAUUUGUCCGCGUUCAGCCAGCCAGACUCUCUUGCGGAUCCACACGGAAGGCACGCAUAUCGCACACCACAACAGAUAGACAGACAGAUGUCAUUCGUCUUCCUCUUCCUCCUCCUCCUCCAGCUGCGCACGAACCAGCUUAAUCAACUUCACACACACACACACACACACACACAGGCACACAGACAAAGACACAGACACAGACAGACAGGCACUGAUUGUGAGAGUGAGGAUUGUGUGUGUGUGUGUGUGUGUGUCCAGGCUAUGCUAAGGCCUUCCUUACCAGGAGGUUGAGGGAGAAGAGGAAGGUCGCCAGGCCCACUUGGAUGAGCAUGCUCUGACACACACAAGUACGCGCGUUGCAAGUUGCGCUGAUGAAUGGCCGACCUGACACGACCGACAUCUGUGCGUCCCUCCCUCCCUCCCUCCCUGACUGCCUCACUCACCCACCCACGCCCCACCUGGUAGGACACAGACUUGAGGAUCUUCAUGCGGUCGCAUGGCUCACACAAACCCUUCAGAAAAACAGACAGACAGACAGACAGACAAACAGAUGGAUGAGUGAGUGGAUGGAACCAAUCAGAUCAGGUCAAUCAACAUGAGCCUCCCUCCCUCCCUCUCUCUCUGUCGGCCUUACCUGUAUCCUGGAUUGGCAUCUCCUGACAAGCGACAGCGAGACCAGUGGGCUAGUCAAGGCCUGAACCAGGGCUGCACAAACACACACACUCACAUACAUACACACAUCAAGGCAUACAGGGGGCGGGUGAGUGACGGAGUGAGUACCUGAGACGCAGCCCUUGAGCGAUCCGAUUUCAUUCGGAUCAAGGUGAUAGCUCGACGCCACGCGCCGGAACAGACAGCCAGCCUGACACACACACACACACACACACACAAGCGAACCAAGACACUUACACACAUGAGCCCGUGGCCUGUAUGUCUGUGGGCUGGUUCCUUCCUUGCUGUGCUGCCUUCCUCUUUUUGGUCGUUGAGUCACUCACAAGGUCAUCGCUGGCUGAGUUGGCGAGGUAUGGCCCCAGGCCGGCAAAAAAGGCCAUCCAGCCAUCCUCGCGAAGUGUCAACGUCACACACUCCAGAAAGUCUGCACACACACACAUAUACAUACCGAUUGAUUCGUUGCCCGACACUGACCCAGACGUACCCACCGAAUGUGGUCAGCGGCCCCUCAUAAGCGAUGACCCGUGUGGUCGACACGAGCAGCGGGUAGCACACCACAUCACUCAAAUACUUGACCGUCCACUGGGCCGAGUCGGCCGGCCACGCUCCGCUCGUCGCCUUGCCCGACGACGUAGGCGGCCUCUCCCUCGUUGCCAGCCGUCGCUCGGCCGCCGGUGCUGCUGCCAGUGGUGGGGCGGCGCCCUCAGCUACCCUGAGGGGCUGCUGCUGCUGGUCGCCAGAUGGGCGGCCUGGGGGAAGGGGGAGAGGGAAACGAGGGAAGCCAUGUGUGUGUGGGGUGUGUUGUGUUGUGAUGGAACGACUCACUGACUGGCUCACCCCAUGGCCACAUAUUGAGUAUUGCCCUCCAGAGUCGUUGCAGGCGGUCGUGCAGCAGCCACUCGAGGGAAUACCUCAAACCAUCACUGACAAGGCAGGCACACACAGACACACAGACAGACAGAAAGGCAGACAGGGAGAGGCUGGGCGUGGGUGUGCGUGAGAGUGUGUCCAUGGCGUACACUAUGCACAGGUGGACAACGUGAAGAUGGAAGCCUUUGUACAGACCCGUUACACCCUCGUGACCAUAGAUCUGAAUGAACCACACCAACCAACACACACACACCACACACCACCGGAUGGCCCACCAGGCCCCUUGUCCCGUCUGUCUGUCUGUCUGUGUGUCUGUCUGUCUGUCUGUCUGUCUGUGUGUGUGUGUGUGUGUGUGUGUGUGUGUGCACGUGUUGUGUGUGAGUGUGUUGGUGCACCUACCCAGUUGAGCCCUCUGUAUACACUGCGUAUGAGAUCGUUGGGCAGUGGCGGCUGCACCUGCGACAAAAAGUGCUUCUGCUGCACUCGCUGGAACUUCUGAGUCAACGCACGAUAGUUCAUCUGAAUGAACAACCACCAUACCAUACCACACCACCCACGACAGACAGGCAAGUGGCCACAUCUGAUGUGUGCAUUGAUUUGCGUGCAUCUCCCUCCUUCAAUGGCCUCCCUCCCUCCCUCAAUGGCCUCCCUCCCGCCCGCCAGCCUCUCUCAAUCCAUGGCUGACCGCGGUGAGUGGGUAUGAGACCACGUAGAAAGACGAGAGGCUCAUCCUGAACUCGGCCUUGUGCGGGAGGCCGGCAGGCGCGCCUGAUGCGGGAGGCCCGAGUGACGAUGGACCGCCAUCGCCUGCACACACAACACAUGCACGCACAUUCCGCACACAGCACAGGCGACGGAUAGAAGCGGGCGGCAGAUCUACCCCUGCCCUGACUGACCUGUGUGAGGCGUGAUGUCCAUCGUUGCAGCUGUCGGUUGCUCGAACGGCGCACACAAAGGGGGAGGGGGAGAGGGAGAGGGAGUGUUUUCGUGAAAG